GAUUACACCCCCGCUUAAAACACAUAUUAGUUCCAGGGCUAGAUACUUAUCCUCCGCAGAUUACAAAGAUAUCAUGCAAUAUCGUGAUAUGAAGUCUAAACCUUUAGCUCAGCUAAGUAAAAAAUAUAAUAUAUCGAAUAGUCGCUUAUAUCAAAUUUGGAGAGGACAAGAGUUUAAUAGCAUUCAAUGGAAUGAUUUAGCAGUCACAUCAAGUAUGAAUGUUAUAAAUAAACAGAAUGAAGAGCACCAAGCUGAAAGAGAUUUUCAAAAUAAAUUUAAUACUGCCUUUACAGCACUGGAAAACAAGAUACACGAUGCUGAAAUUAGCAAAUCUACUGAUCCGGUUUCAGAAGAAAGUGCAGGUAGUAAGGCAAAAAAGACUGGAGGAAAGAAACGAUCCCAAGGGGGUCAAUCAAUACCUGGAACAAAAAAAGAAAUUAUUUCGCCUACUGACUCCUCUGAAGAUGUCUUGGAUUUGUAUAAGAGAACUGAUAAUACUUUAGAAAAAAUUAAAGCAUCAGGUCGUCCUCUUAUUUCCAAAUAAUUAUUCGUCCUAUUCAAUCUGACUGCGCGAACUAUUAUAGUAUUCUAUGAUUUCCAAAUUCGAUUGAAUGCUAGAAAAUAAUGCCUUUUCGAGCUCUUUCAUACGAAUUGCCAU